AUGCUUUGGGUGCUUUCAGAUGAACUUUUGCCAUCUGAAUCACACAUCCACAUCAAAAUUACCGGAUACUCCGUCGUCUCCAGGUUCGCCUUUGGCGCGCGGCGCCACCACCUCCUCGGCCUGGCGCUCCACCGCGCCAUCCUCGUCCUCCUCUCCACCUCCGUUCCCAUCGCGAUCCUCUGGCGCUUUCUGUUGGCGAGCUUCCCACUCUUCUUUGUCUUUUCCCCCCAUUCAUCUCGCUCCAAACCCUCGUCCCCUGCUCUUCCCCAAUGCCGCUCUCGGGUUCCAAGAUCACCUCUCGCUCCUCCUCUGUCCCCGCUUAUCGGCGAAACCCCCAUUUUCACGGCCGCCGCGGUAGAUCCGGCACCACGAGCGCUCCGGUUGGUGGUUGUCGCAAUAGCUCCAGCGAGGGGAGCAAUAGCCGAGAUCUUCGAUCAAGUGAUCGAAAAGAAGUUUUCAGACAGUCACAUUAAUUUCAGAUUUAGUAAUUGUGAUUGUUUCAGCUAUCAUCAACGAUAUUACCUUUUCCUGCCUGGGACAGCCAGUCACACUUUUUUCUUGAACUGGAAAUCAAGUAUCAUCCGUGUUUCUAUUAUACAAACAAAUGGAACUUCUGGCUUUGAAAUAUUUGGUUGUGUUGAAAAAGUUGGUCAUAAAAGCUGGAAAUGUUUGUUGAGUUCAAGCCAUUACUUCAGCUGUGGCGGUAACUUUUCGAUGAUGUAUGGUCAUUUGAUUUUGGAUCUCUGCAACCAGGAGGAGACUAUUGCGCAAUUUAGUGUCGUGUUUCUCCUUUCUGCGCUGUGUCCUGAGAUUUCCUGUACUAAGCUAUGUGGUGGAAAAUCGUCAGAAGGCAUAAUUAUUGGUUCUUUCUUAUCUAUGUCAUAGGCAGCAGUGGCAUUAAAAUUUUAAGUGGGAAACAACAUCACAAAUUCCUACAUGGCCAAGUUAUAAAUGGUGCACUCCGGCAACAGGAGGUGGGAAACCUUGGCAAUGUUGGUGGGAAAGAUUUGUUUCGUAAUUUGUAUCUCAUCACCCCAACCACUCUCUUUACGUGGAAGAAGAGUCGGAAACAAAUGGGAGACGGACGGCGCUCUUUGGUCUGGCCCUUCGAUUCCGUCCCAUGGCAUCAACGAGCGAGAAGAGCCCCACGGAGCGAAAUCCGCCGCCGCCUCCUCCUGCACUCGACCCACCAAUUCGAAACCCUUACUCGGAUCUCGUCUCCUUCUUCUCCCGAAGGCGAAGACGGGACCGUGGUGAUGGAAGUCGCGGCGGGAGAAGGGGAAGGAGACUGCCCUCUCUGAAAAAUGUUUCGGCAGUUGUUUCACGAAGUCAGAGCACCAGUUUCAGCCUACAUGCGGCAGCCAAGAAUCCAAGGUCAUUCUGCCUAAAGAGGAACACAACGGACCUACAAGACUUCCUUGAAAGGAGAAUUUCUUUCCACGGAUAUAAUUACCCUGCAGCGCCACCCUCCUGACUGUCUGAUUCUGAUCCAAGAACUUAACAUGGCUUGGUUGAGCUUCGCUACAGGUUUCUCCAUACAAACUAUGGUAUGCGUACUGUGAUGAAACGAAAUAUAAGUUUGGAUCACCUGUACGUGAGUGUAUUCUCACUCAAAUAUUUCUCCAUCAUCACCAUCUAAAAAUUAGUUGCAUGUCACUAGACCUUUCUCCAUCAUAAGUGUUUGAUUCAGUAUAUUUUUUCUGAUGAUUCUCAAAAUUAUGUACAUGCGAACUGUUCUUGAAAUUCCAGUUUUCUGACUGUGGACAUUUGACCACAAUUAAUGCAUUUCAGAAUGGAUU